AUGAAGACGAAGCCCAUCAUGGAUGAUAAGUCCGGCAAGCUCAUCCUGGUUCCCAUCUUGGCUGUGCUUUUUGUCACGAUAGGUUACCAGUACAUCUGUCCCGCCGGCGGUCAUUCGUGCCCGCUGAAAAACGGAGACGCGCCACGGGGGGUGAGCCUGCUCUCCGUCGGCUACCAGGACGGGGACGAUUUCGCGGACCAGGACUUGGAGGACGACAGCCCCGCUAAGCUUCCGUCCCAGUUCAACUUCACGCAGCGAGACCUGGACCGACGCGUGGAGUUCAACAUGAAGGGGGAUGACGUGAUCGUGUUCCUGCACAUCCAGAAGACCGGCGGCACCACGUUCGGCCGGCACCUGGUGAGGAAUAUCCGCCUGGAGCAGCCGUGCGACUGCAAAGCUGGCCAGAAGAAGUGCACCUGCCAUCGGCCGGGCAAGGACGAGUCGUGGCUCUUCUCUCGCUUCUCAACUGGAUGGAGCUGCGGGUUGCACGCCGACUGGACCGAGCUGACCAACUGCGUGCCUGUCAUCAUGGAUAAGAAGGAGGUUCAGAGGAAUAAAAGGAACUUCUACUACAUCACGAUGCUGCGUGACCCGGUGUCCCGUUACCUGAGCGAGUGGAAGCAUGUCCAACGCGGCGCCACAUGGAAGACGGCCCUGCACAUGUGUGACGGGCGCUCGCCUACCCAGGAUGAGCUUCCCACCUGCUAUGAUGGUGAAGACUGGUCAGGCGUCACCCUGUCCGACUUCAUGCGCUGCUCGUCCAACCUGGCCAACAACCGGCAGGUGCGCAUGCUCUCCGACCUGAGCCUGGUGGGCUGCUACAACCUGUCGUCCAUGAAUGAGAGCCAGCGCGACCACAUUCUGCUGAGCAGCGCCAUGAACAACCUGAAGAACAUGGCCUUCUAUGGCCUGACCGAGUUCCAGCGCAAGACGCAGUACCUGUUUGAGCGGACGUUUAGCCUGCGCUUCAUCUCGCCCUUCACGCAGAUCAACAGCACGCGCGCCGCCAACGUGGACUUGAGCGAGCCCGUGCGACGACGCAUCGAGGAGCUCAACUUCCUGGACGUGCAGCUGUACGAGUACGCCAAGGACCUCUUCCUGCAGCGUUUCCAGUUCAGCCGGCAGAGGGAACGCCGCGAGGUGCGCUUGAAGAGGCGCGAGGAGCGUCGCUGGAUACGUGAGCGACAGCAGGCCGGACGCCAGAGCCCGGCACAGAAGGACAACACUGACUUUGUCGGCACCACUGAGGACUAUACCAGCCAAGUGGCUCGUUGGUGA